AUGGGAAAGAAGGUUGUGGAAGUCGUCUGGAGCCCAAAAAUUCGAUUUGCUUUUUUGGUCCAUCUGAUUUGCAGAAUGUGCGUCGAGAUUUCCUUCUUUGCGUUUUCGAUGAUGAUCCAGGUGAACAUGAAUAAUAUUGGUCGACAUGGAGCUGAUCAUCAGUCCGUUUUCGCUGGACUUUUUGAUGUUCCAGCGACUUUUUACUGCCCUGUCAAUGAUGUUUAUGUCAGACAAUGGUGCAACAAGAAUGAAAAUAUUCUCUGCUACGUCAAUAAGCCAUCAGAGAAGAAAAUCUCUUUGUUUUACAUGAACAUCACCUGCCUUAUUUCAAUGUGCCUUACAGUCGCCGAUUUCAUCUCCGCCUGCAGUCAUUUCUGCCGAAGAAAAAUCCGAUCCAUCAAGCACCAGGCAAGAAUCGGGCAACAUUUUGCCCAAGAACGUAAUUUUGGGCCGAUUCCUCCACUGGCAGGUCGAGAUUCGUUGAAUGGACCAAACACUUGGAAUGGCUGCAGCUACCAUCCAGAUUUCACAACAAUCGGCAAAAACCAUCAAUGCAAUCAAUACGUAAAUGAUAUUCCGUCGAGAAGAGCGACCCCCCAAACGAUGCCAAAUCAGCAAAGUAGUUUUCAAGAAGAAAUGCCAUCAGAAGAACUAAGAAUCCAGCCGCCACGCAAGUCAACAGCGUAUUCUGGAACUGAUGUGUCCCAAAGUAUCGAUUGUCUCUCAAUAAUGUCCGAUCGAAGCAGAAUCAACACUCUUCUCGACGAUCCUGGCCCAGUUGAACCGAUAGAUUUCGAGCGCCAUUUGGCUGGAAAAAGAUUUCAAAUACAAAACGAUGCCUGUAAACAUCUUCUUCAGCUCCCCGAAGAACCUUACGUAGAAAUCCGCGAAGCUGAAAAACGAACAGCUGUUUCAGAAAUUCCCGCUUAUGAGCCGACUCAAAUUGAUCCAGUUGUUUUGUCUGCGAUUGAACAGUAUGCUGCUCCGAGCUCGACUGUAAUUAGAAUUCACGAGGCGCAGUUUGGAAGGAGUUACAAGCAGUUGCCGCCGAACGACCUUCAGUCGAAUAUUUUCCCGCUCCAGUACGAGCCAGAUAUUGAUAAAGAAAAUGAAGUCAUCAAUCCAAGCCAGGGCUCUAGAAUCUUUUUCAUCCUUUCUGAUCCUUUCAGAUGCGAUAAGCGAGGUUGGCUCCUGAAACUGAAAUCAACAGUCGAAAAUAGCGAAAAAUUCUCCCUGAAGGAGCUCAAUCGCGAUGGCAAAAAACGAUGGGCGGUUCUGAGAAAAGUUCAAGAAGGAGAUGAUACGACGGGGUACUUACUGGAAUGUCUGAAGGACGAGAAGGAGGAGCACAAGGGAAAGAAUGCGAAGGGAGUGACGUACUUCUUGGCAGAGCCGAUUUUCGAAGCAUUUCCGUUUGAUGAAACGAGUAAGGAUCAGAAGAGAAGAUUUGGGUUUGAGCUCAGGAUGCAGAACUCCGAAGGGGAUGAGAAAGAUGAAAUAACAGUCAAUGCUGUCUUUGUCGCUGAAAACGAAGAAGACCGAGACGAUUGGGUCUCAAGAAUCAACGAUGCCCUUGCCUGCUCUAAGCGACAAGAACUAGAAGAAGAUUCAGACCCGGAAGACAUCAUCGACGAGGAAAAAAUCCAAUCGAGAUUUUCCGCCACUCAAAAUAACUCGAUCUACUCGUACCUCAAAGAAUCACAGCGAUACGAUGAUCUGACACGAAAACGCAAGCGGAACCGAAAUCGAAUUCUUGCGCUUUCAUCUCAGCGGGAAGGGCUGAACUUAUCACAAAACUCGCAAAUGACGGAGAUCUCUGAAGUCGCGGAGAAUCGAUUGGAGCCAGUGAGAUUUGUUCUGAGAGCGGCGAGUUUGCAGUUUCAUCUGAGAGGAGCAAUAAGGGAGCAAAAUAUUGACAUUUCAAAUCUGGAGCCGUUUUUUGUUACUUUUGCGCUUUUUGAUGCGAAAUCAAGAAAGAAAAUCUCGGCGGAUUUCCAUGCCCAAAUGAACGAUGAAGCCCUUAAAAACCUGACCAAUCCAGUCGGCAUCAAUGACUUCGUCGAUCAGAUGUUUGGCGAACCUGAGCGCAAGAAGAUCAACUACUCCUGGAUCGAAAACCCUAAGCAAGCGAUUUUCGAUGUCUACCAACCUCAUGAGCAAAUUUAUCUCGUGGCAAAAAUCGAAAGAGUUUUGCAAGGAUCGAUUUCGAAAACUUCCCAGCCGUAUUGUGAAAAAUCUGAUUCGGAGAAAAUCGUCAACGGAAUAAUCAAGCAAGUCAAAAGCGCAUGCAACAGAAUUCCAGAGCAUCGGAUGCCCUUUUGCUGGGGAGCCGUUUCUCUGUUUGACAAAAAGGGAAGUUUCGCUCCUGGUGGCUUUCAGUCUUCUUUCAAGGAACAGGAAAACUUUCAGAUACCGUUUGGAGAUCUUUAUCGACAAGAAGCGAAUAAACUAAAAGACGAGGAAUUAUUCCGCUUUCUCUCGGAAAUCGGCAAAUCUGGCAAAAAUCUCGACAAACUUGACCGAAUCUACCGCCCUCCGAAUCUCUCCUUGCUUACAGUCAUCAUCGAGCCUCUCAAGGAAAACGAGCAGUUGGUCGAUGUUCUGACUAGCUCUCUCCAGCCAGUGAAGCCGUAUCACGCUGCUGGAGCCGAUCCAUACUUUGAAAUCGACACAUUUGAAGAUAUUCCUCAACAUAUUGCCGCUCCUUUUGAGAAUUACCUCAAUCAUCUUUAUAUUCGCCCGAUUUCGCUGAAGUACGAUACUCAAAAGAGCUUUCCAAAGGCGAGGAAUAUCACGAUCAGCUGCGAACUGUGGAAUGGAGAUGAGCCCGCGAGCUCGAGAAAAUUAUGCGUGUUUUAUACGAGGCCGGAAACGAGAGGGCUGAUUUUUGAUACUUCAAGACACACGGCAGUCACUCAUCACCAAACGUGCCCACAAUUCUACGAAGAAAUAAAAGUAGAACUUCCACCAAAUAUUCACGACGGACAUCACGUGAAAAUCGUCAUUUACCACGUCUCCGUCGAUCCGAAAAAGACUCCCUCAAGCAAGAAAGGAGCUCCCGAAUCCGUCUUGACAGAAAUUGGUUCAAGCUGGAUUCGGCUCCGGCAAAUCGACGGAAGAUUCGACUUGAAGCAAAAAUAUGACCUCCCGGUUUUCGUAACCGACGGCGAAAACAAAACUCUUCCAAAUCAUUACUUGACAAAUCCAUCAGGAAACUACGUCGACGGGAUGAAAAAACUCCUCGAAGUGGAACUCGUCCUUGUCUCCACUGUCCAAGUCACUGGCAAGCUCAUCCAUUCGUUUCUCUCCAACCCGUUUGACUUGAGAAAUUUCAUGGCUCUGCCGGGGGAGGAUCCGAUUCAUCUGAUUCACUUCAUGCCGCUGAUUAUUAACCGGUUGUUGGAAAUAACCGCCAGCGACAAGAUCGUCGAGCGGCCGAAAAUGAUCCCUCUUGCUCAGAGAAAUACGCGAGCAGGUCCAGAUGCAGAUGAAAACUCGAACCAUCAUUUCAACGUCAUCGAAUCAAUCCAUUCGCAGCCAGAAAUGAUCACCAAAUCAGAACGAUUCGCUGACUCUGCUUUUUCGACUUUUGUCCACAUCGUUGCGAUUCUGGUCGAAAACGAGCAGAAAGAAAAUUUGCUGAAAUUUAUCGAAAACAAGCUGGAUUUGCCGAAGCUUCCGAAUUUGUUCGAUUCGGUCUUGUCCGCGAUCGUGAACUUGUUGGAUCAGGACUUGAUGUCGAAUGAUCCGAGGAAGCAGCGCCAGGAACAGCUUUUGGUUUAUUUGGACGUGUUUUUGAAGAUUUUGGCGAAGUUGAUGUUUCAGCGAAUUUAUCGAAAUCAGCGAAAAGUGAGGAGGAAGUCCGAAAUGUUCAAUUCGAUUUUUUUAACGAAUCUUGAACGAUUUGUCUACAAAACUUGCGAGCACAUGCAUCGACUGAAAAAUCAUUCUCCUUGGGAACGAUCUGUUGAUGAUUCUCUUCAAUCUAGAGCUCGUGGUGAGAAAUUCCGUAUAAUCCGCGCAGCUGCUUUGGCCCUCACCGACUUUUAUAAGUCGAUUUACUGGAGCCUCGAAGUUGGUUUUGUCUCCAAACUGGUCGCCUCUACCAUCAACCAUGAGGUGUUCUUUCUCGACCAAAAUUUGGACGAACAGAGUCUCAAUUUGCGACUCGAGAUUUUGAAGAAUCUGAGCGAGCACGAAGCGUUUGUCGCUCUCAACUUUCCCAACUUCGCGGACACUUCGCUAAAAAGCUUGAAAUUGACAAAAUCAUUCGUCGAAAAACACUUUCUCGCUGCUGAACUCCUUCGAAUGGUUCAAUUUGGUCUUUCUUCUCCAAGUUCUUCAGUUUCCUACGCGAGAAAGAAAUCACUAGAAGCUCUUCUCAACCUCCUGACGAAACACACUCUUGAUAGAAGAUAUUCUCAGCCAAAGGAUCAAAGCCGCAUCGACCAGCUUUACAGUCCUUUUAUCGGCUUCGUGACUCGCAAUCUUCAUUCGCUCAACAUUGGCUUCACCGAUUUAUCCGAAUUCAAGCGCAAUCCUUCAAUGCGAUCCAUGCCAAAUCUCAAUCCAGCUUCUCUCGACCUAGAUGCCUUGAAAAUGAUGCUCAAAUGCUUCUUCCACAUCGCCAACAAUCUAAAUGAAGACAUCAUCGCUGAUUUCUGGGGUCAAUGCUCGGCCUCGGAGCUUGAAAACUUCUUCACUAUCCUUUCAAUGGCAGUGCAUUUCUUUAAGUUUAAGGAGGCGAAGAAGAAUUUUGACAGAAUGCCGUCGAAUUUAAGGGAAACCUCAAACAAGGGUCAUUUCCCAGUCAGAAAUAUUGCGACAAUAGUUCAAACUAAAAACAGCCCGAACGAUUCUCCGAAACUCGGGAAAAAAUCAACUCAAACUUCUAGACCAGUUUCUCAGCAACUGGGAAUCACAAAUAUCCUCUCCCUGGCAGAAAGUUCAGGACUCAGUUCUCGAGUACCGCGACCAGCAUCGUGGUUGCCCAAGAGUUUCCAAAUUGCAAGCAAUUCAAAGGACAAUUAUCAGGGAAAUAACGCCGGUAGUGUCAGUUCCACGAGUACUCAAGAGGUACAACGGAAAAACGUAACGAACGGGCAAGGGGUGCCCACUCUCAAAACGCGACCUUUUGAGGACAUGUUUCUAAGUGCUGCGCAGCGGAAAAUGGACAGAAGAUCUGAAGAGUUUGAGAAGCAGAACUUUUCUCGAGCGGGCGUUUACCGCUCCCUCGUAUUAACAAACCGCCCUGUUGAGAGUCUUCCAACUGAUGACGACUGGGCAAAACACGAAUCCGCCGAGUUCUCCCUCAUCUCUCUCGACCUCCUUCACUUGUACAUUUCUGGAGCGCGAAGUACAGUCGCCGAACGCCACCGGGGAAACAGCCAGCUUCAGAAGAAAAUCUUCGAAUUGCUUCUUGAUCUGCUCGAUUUUUGCCAACCUACUUUGGUGCUCCACAAUGCUUUCAGUUUGCUGAGGAUUUAUAUUAAGGAAAAUCGACAAAGUUUAUUCGUGCACCGGACGGACUACUGUCAACGAAUCGUGUUUGUACUGCUCAAGGCAUGCAAUUCGAGGAUUUCCGCGAUCAGGCAAAAUGCCAGUGCCACGCUCUUCUUUCUGAUGCAAACGGAAAACAACAAUCCGCAUUCCAGCCGCCGUGGCUUCCCACGCUCCCAAAUACAGAUUAUGGGCGCGAUCUUCCGUCUUAUUUCGGAAAAGCGAGUCAACCAGAAACUCUUCCAACUGGCGCUGACUGGAUUGAAGCAACUUGCGGGAAAUGAUACUUACUCAAGCGCUCUGAGUUUCGCGAAAUCGUCAUUUUCUGGCGAAGUAAAAGACCUCAUCAAAAAAAUCCGAAACGUCCUCGUCUCGACCCAGCAAAUGAAAGAACACGAAGACGACCCCGAAAAGUUCUCCGAUCUGCAGCAUACAAUGGCGCAGAGCUAUUCGGACUCGCCGGAGCAUCGGAAAACGUGGCUGCAAGAAAUGGCGCGUCGCCACAGAGAGAACGGAAAUCGAAUUGAGGCGGCGAUGUGCUACGCGCAUAUUGCCGCGCUUGUCGCCGAGAUUCUAAAUAAAGCAAAGGUGCUCGACUUUGGAUGCAAAGAAUUUCACGACAUUUCCGAAAACAUCGCGCGCGACGAGGGAAAGCCAAAAGAGGACGAGGAGGAUCUGUACUCGCCCGCCGAUGUGACGGCUAAUUUGAGAAAAGCCGCGCAUCUGGCUCGACAAGCUGAUCAGCCUGAAUUGGUGCCGAAGCUGCUCAGACUGGUCACGCCGCUGGUGGAGAGAGAUUUUGAUUAUGAAAAUUUGGCCGAGCUUUUUGGAGAAAUGAAACUCGCCGCGGAAGAAUCCAAUGAAUUUUUGAGGAAAAAAAGAUUUCUGGGAAAGUACUACCGAGUCGCGUUUUACGGAUCUCACUGGGAGGAUGAUCAAUCAAAGAUUUUCAUCUACAAAGGGAAGCUCAAUGAAGUCAGAGCGAGGCUGGAAGAAUUGUAUAAGAGACGAUUUCCGGGUGCUUUCGAGAUUAUAACAGAUUCUAAGCCAAUAUCCGAAGCAGAACUUGACUCCAAGACCGCUUUUCUUCAACUCACAUCCGUCGAACCCUAUUCCGCCAAAACACCAUCCUUCUCCACCGAUUUCUCCAUCAACCACAACCUGAAAUCGUUCUCCUACGAAACCCCCUUCACCAAGGACGGCAGAGCCCGAACCGAUGACCCUCCUGAAAUCGCCAUAAUCUCUUUGGAGAAGAAAAAUUCUGACCUCAAAGAAGUGGUACGAGAACCUGUCGAUGUGAAGAAAUUACAUCUUUGCUUACAAGGGAGUGUCAUGGUUCAGGUUAAUGCUGGUCCAAUGACUUACGCUGAAGCUUUUCUUCGCUCUGGCACUGGCGUCAUAAUAUCUCCCCACCAUCGAAAACGCCUGAUCGAAGAAUACGAAAAGUUUCUAAAUCUUUCCUCCGCAGCGCUAGAAACGAAUCAAAAUCUUCUCCCGCCUCCGACAAAUCCGCCCUCGAGCGAAUGGCGAUAUCACGAGUCGCUCAAGUCCGGAUUCAAUCAAAUCAAAACUGCCCUUGCUUCCAUGGAUCUGUUGACCGAGGACCCUAAUCUUGUCUGA